AUGUUCAUCGCUCGGCAACAUGCGCGGUCAACGCUUGCGCGGCCAUUCCCGCGCACGAAGUUACCUGUCAAAGGUCAACUCCAACUCCGAUACGCCGCAAGUCGAGCCCUCAACGACAAGCUCAUCCCAUACAAUGAAUUAGCAGAGCAGCUUAGUGAUACAGGACUUUGGGUUAAUAUGAUGGGGAAGAAGAAGAAGAAUGCGGUUGGAGAUAAACAUCGUGUUAAUAUCGUUAGUCAAGACCUUUGUGAUGAUGUCGCCAAUUAUAUCGGUCCCUCCCUCCAACGCCAUCGCGGUUGCGAUCUCGUCGAUAUAAACCCCGGCGCCGGUCUAUGGAGCAAGACUCUGCACGAAAUAGUCCAGCCUCGAAAACAUAUCCUCAUGGAACCUGAUAUCGAUCUCUACAAGCCCUUCCUCGGCGACUUCCUCAACAAACCCAGUGUCGAAGUCGUACCCAAGGCAGGUAUCCUCUGGAAAGAACUUCAAGAGGUGCUCCAAAACCACAUCAAACAAGAAAUUCGCAAACCCGAUGCCGAGCCAGAGCGCAAUGAUACGUUACUCGUCAACGUCAACCUGUCCUAUUGCCCACCCAAGAAGUACCAGAUGUUCGAAUGUGUUAGCACAAUGGUUCUCUACCAGCUCAUGUCCAGUAUUCGCACUGCUUCUCUCUUCCAACAAUACGGCCUUGUGCGCAUGCUCAUCUGGAUUUCCAACGAUGGCAAGCGCAGACUCCUCCCACGAAGCUCAAUCCGUCGCAGGCGCAGUGCUUUCGAAGCUGAACUCGCCCUCGAAUGGCUCCACGAAGUCGCAGGCCACGACACCGAGAUCGAAGAUCGCUACGAACUCCGCGACGAGUGGAUCAACAUGGAAUCAGGAUAUCGCACGCUCGACCGCAUGGAGAAAGCUGGCCUUACCAUGCCCUCUGGCCGUGAAACAGCCAUCUACAAGAACCUCACUGCAAACCGCGAGUAUGCAGGCCGACCUCUCGCAGGCGUUGAGCGCCCUAUCCACAGUCGACCUUUCCGCCAAGAGCUCAUAGACACCGAAAAGGCAUUUGAAAGCUCAGACACAACUUUGCCAUCUGAUCGUCUCAAAGCGCUGCGCUUCCGUCAAAAGUACGACGACGCGGAUUCAACGCUCUACCUCGAACUUUUGCAAGAGCGCGAUCGCCUCAUGAAACUCGGCUUCAAAUCACCAUCCAAGCUCCCCGAGGCCGAAGCGGAGUUCGAUGCGCGUCUCGAUAACAUCAAGAAGAACACACGGAAAGAAUGGGCAAUGGUUCGUGACAACUACCAGCUCUUCAAGCAAAAGGAUCCCAUCCUAUUUUGGGAUCGUCGCCCCUUCGAACCGCUCGCCACGCACGCCAAGGAGUUCUUUCCCAAUAUGCCCUGCGCUCUUCUCGACCUCCAACCCAAAGCCAUGAACAAGUACAUUCGCCAGCACGGCCCUGAUGCCCGCAACGGUACCAUCUCAGAUACCAUGCUGCGCUACUGGUGGCAGCACAUGCUUCUUCCCGUCCCCGACGCGAUGGAUGGUCUGUGGCCUGGUUUCGGCGAUCAAGCACCCGGUGUAGCUUCCAUCUACGACCCAGCACAGGGUGGCUCGCCUCUAACGAGACACGGUGCUCUGGCCGCGAGAUGCGUGACGGAACAGCACUGGGCUGACAUCAUCAAGGCGUGGACCGAAUGGCCGUUUGCCCCUAGCUACACAACACUCGUAGGGCGCCUGAUGGACGAGUACGAGUAUACCCCACCCUCAGACGACGACGAUUCUAUGAAAGGCGGCGCAAUGGGGGUAAGUGGAAGUUCAUUUUAA